AUGAAAUUCGCCACCAUUCUCUCUACCAUUGCUUUGUGCACUGUUUCUGCCUACGCUCAGGGUGCUGUUCUCAGCUACCCUCGGGACGGAGACAAGUUCCAUGCUGGUUCCAAGUUCACCGUAGAGGUUGAUAGACCAAACUCCCUAUCCGGCUCAACAGAAGUUGGAGUCGUCAUUGCCGUCAACUCAUGUAACAACGGCCCCUGCGCUCCACCUACAGCGAUCCUUGGCCAGAUACUGUACAAUGGUCCAUUCAACCCUCAAUAUCAAGCCAGCGCGGUUGGAUACCAAACGCCCGGCCAGAACUUCUCAGUUACCCUCCCAUCAGAUAUUUCUAAAGGACCAGCCUCGCUCAACGUCUUCCAUGUCGCACUGAUUGGCGCUGGUCGUGCUAUUCCUCUUACACAAACGCUGAACACAACUAUCAUAGUUCAGUGA